AUGGAGUUCGUGAACGGAGGCGAGUUGUUCAGUUACUUGCGGCGGCAAAUCUGCGUGUCAGUGGAGCAGGCGCGGCUGUACGCGGCGGAGAUCACUUUGGCCUUCGAGUACCUGCACGGCCGCAGCGUGGCCUACCGCGACCUGAAGCCGGAGAACCUGCUGCUGGACGCGCAGGGGCACAUAAAGCUGACGGACUUCGGCUUUGCCAAGGUAGUCACUGGCCGGACUUGGACUCUCUGCGGCACUCACGAGUACUUGGCCCCGGAGUCCAUCACCCGCCGCGGCGACGGGCUGCAGGUGGACUGGUGGGCGCUGGGCAUUUUGCUCUUCGAGAUGCUGGCGGGGCGGCCCCCCUUCGUGGACGACACUCCUCUUGGGAUUUAUAAGAAGAUCAUCGCGGGGAAGGUGGAGUUUCCCCCGCUCUUCGAUUCUGCGGCUAAGUCCCUCGUGCGCAGGCUCCUCAUCCACGAGCCCAACAAGCGCUACGGCUGUCUCAAAGACGGGGCCUUGGACGUGAAAAAUCACAAGUUCUUCAGAGGCCUCGACUGGGGCCUUUGCCUCCGCCGCCAGCUGCGCCCGCCCUACAAGCCCAACACCCGCGGGCCCCGAGACAGCAGCAUGUUCGACACUUACGCGGAGUCCACGGAGUCCUCAGCGCCCCCCAUCGAUCCCGCCACACAGCAGGCCCUCUUCCACAACUUCUGA